GUGCUCAUUUCCGGGUGCAGUAACUGGGCCAGAGACUGUAAUCGCUUCAAAAUCCCACCCGCCACCUUAGACCACGCGGUACCUGACAUCAAAAUCGCGUUUAUUAACUUGGGCAGUGAAGUAGGCUAUGGCCACCGUGACCGUGCUAGAGGAUGAAGCGAUUCCUGAAAUGAAGAUUCCACUCACCUUCAAAUGGUCAGGACGCGAAUACCAGGUAGAUCUCCUUGGAUCGGACAGAGUAUACGACCUCAAGACUUCGCUGAUGAGUUUGACAAAGGUUCCUCCAGAAAGGCAGAAAAUCCUAGGUCUCGUGAAAGGAAAGCUACCUCCAGAUCAAGAGAGAAUUGCAGAUCUACGAAUUGCAGGGAAAUCAUUCACACUUAUAGGAACUCCAGAAGGCGACGAGAUCAAAGACCCUUCAAAGUUGGAAUCCCUUCCUGAUGUUGUCAACGACCUUGAUGUAGACUUCACCGACAACCUUGCUGCCGCUUCGGUAUAUAUAAAUGACCAGCGAAACAUUCGCAAAGUCAAAGAAGCAACCGAGAAACUUCAGAUUGAUAUCAUUCAUCCUCUGCGAGAUGGAAAGCGUUUACUCGUGCUUGACAUCGAUUACACUAUCUUGGACACCAAACCGCUAACGUCGGGCUCAUUGCCUCCUGCAGAAUGUGCGAGGCCUGGCCUCCAUGAAUUCCUAGAGACUAUAUACCCUUACUACGAUAUCUGCAUUUGGUCUCAAACUAGCUGGAUAUGGCUUGAGACAAAGCUCGUAGAACUGGGCAUGAUCGGAUCCACCAGGAACUAUCAGAUUUCAUUUGUCCUCGACAAAAAUUGCAUGUUCACUGUCUUUACGGAACGCAAUGGUCAACCAUAUGCACAUCAUGUCAAGGCACUGCAAAUCAUUUGGAAUCACUUUCCCCAGUUUUCAGCAAAGAACACCAUUCACGUGGAUGACUUGAGUCGGAAUUUUGCCUUGAAUCCGAACGAAGGACUAAAGAUCCAUGCCUUCAAGAAUGCUCAUACAGAGCAGGCUCAAGCUGACCGGGAGCUUGCGAAAAUUGCUCGGUACAUGGUGCAUAUUGCUGCUGUAGAGGAUUUCCGGACGUUGCGUCAUAAGACCUGGAAGCAUGAACUAAGACGACUCCCGCAACUGUGACGAAGAUACAUUCUUUCAGUACGUGUUCAGAUCAGGUUGUAAGGAUUCAUGCCAAGGGACACAUGAGUUAGGGAUCAAUAAUAUUAUGUAAUUUGUGUUCCAUAAUAACUUCUUCACCGUGUCUUCACCCAAG